GAGAACAGGGGAGGGGCAGAGGUGACAGGAGGAGGAGUGUGUACAAAUACAUCCAUGGUGUCAAACAGAUGAUAGACCGCGGUAUGAAGGGUUCCCCCUGAACCUAAGGAGCAACUGCUCUAUUUUUAGUUGUGCUUGGCUAAAUGAAAUGACAACUGGAUACGUUUGAUAGCGAGGACACCGCAUUUCCAGCUGUACUUGUGUGCAGGUCGGGUUGUCAGAGGAAUCACUAAACUCAGAUGGGUCAAGCACUGUGGAGGCUGCCUCCCAGACAACAGCAGCAGCUUCAGGAAGAGCUUGCAGACCGACUGGCUGACCGAGGAGGAGGAGGAAGAAGACAAGAGCAAGGGAGAGAUGGAGGUCCCCAGAGAAGAGUUCCUCAGCAGUGUCAUGGCCCUGACAUCUACCAUCUGCUGAGAACACGCAUGGGAGGUAGGGAAAGGCACGGUUUUAUAGAUUUGGAGAUGUUGCCCCCCGAAUUAGGCAUCACCAUACUGUCGUACCUGAAUGCUACGGAUCUGUGCCUGGCGGGCUGUGUGUGGCAGGACCUGGGAAAUGACGAAUAUCUAUGGCAAGGGCUGUGUAAGUCCACAUGGGGACACUGCUCCAUCUACAACAGAAGACUACCUGCUGGUUUCUCAUACAGAAGACUAUACCUCCAACUAGAUGAAGGCAGCCUGACAUUCAAUUCCAACUCACAGGAGGGUAUCGGGUAUUUCAUGUCUAAAGGUAUACUAGUGGAUCAUCCGACAGAGCUGGCUAAAUUCAUCUUCUACACUAGACGGCUCAACUGGAAGAUGCUGAGGGUUUACCUGGAUGAAAGGCGGGAUGUCCUGGACGAGUUGGUGACCCUCCAUAACUUCAGUAACCAGUUUCUACCAAAUGCUCUGCGGGAUUUCUUCAGACACAUCCACGCACCAGAGGAGAGAGGAGAGUAUCUGGAAACCCUCAUCACCAAGUUCAGCCACAGGUUUUGUACCUGUAACCCUGGCCUUGUGAGAGACCUGGGCCUCAGUCCUGAUGCGGUGUAUGUGCUGUGCUACAGUCUGAUCCUGCUGUCCAUUGACCUGACCAGCCCCCACGUCAAAAACAAAAUGUCCAAGAGGGAGUUUAUCAGGAACACUCGCCAAGCAGCACAUAAUGUCUCCGACGACUUUGUAGGCCACCUCUAUGACAACAUAUACCUGAUUGGCCACGUGGCUGCGUAGCUCCACCUACCAGCUGACCAGUCGAAAAUCCUCAUACUGCACUGAAGAAUAGGAACAGGUGAUUGGGUUCCUAUACAUGCCUGGAAAGUAUAAAACAUUGUGGAGAUUGAUUUUUUACAAUUUUCAUGACAACCAAUAAAUCUUACUAGAAAGGUUCGACAAACAAAUACAAUUCACUGCACUGUGAGAGAGACUGUGCUACCGAAUAUUAGUAAUGUUCAUAGAUUUUAAUCAAAUGUGUGACGCAUCUGAAAUGUCUUUCAAACCAAAGUCAGUGCAAAGAAGGAGGUUUUAAAGUGGAACCAUGGCUGCUUCUCAUAUUGCUUAAAUUGCCUCCUCGGCUCCUCCACUUGCCUCCCUUCCUCGCAUCUUAGUCCCUCCCACAGAGGAGGCACGGGAGAGACGUGAGGGAAUCAUGGGAGGAGAGAGGAACCGAGGAAAGGUGUUUCAGAGGGAGGAGACGUCCUUUCCUCUGAAGCGUCACAUUAAUUUGUCAGCUGUUUGGGCAGAGUUAGCAACUCCUUCAGCUGCACGGCUUCCGGGAAGGCUGCUCUCUGUAUCCUCGCCUAUAGCUCCACGGUGAUCCCUCGUCGAUGCUCGCUCCUCUGGGUGGACACAAGGGCUUUGAGAUGGCCUUCACGAAGGAGCAACAGAACAACUUCCGGUUCAGCCGAGGAGCGAGGAGCUAUCAAAUAAGCGGCAUGAGAAGCAGCCUAUGUAAGAUGAACUAUGAUAACUGCACUGACGGAUGGUGACUACUGAUUGGUGGAGGGGGGAAGCGAAGCACUGCCCUCAGCCUGUCACAGAUGCCGGGACAGUCCUGCUGAUUUCCUAUUGGACAGCUGCUUCAUGUUCGCCAGUGGGACAAACACUGGCCCAAUUCUUGUAGGAAGUGACACAGGGGGGUUAUUAUGAGGCGAACACAAGACCACUCACAAAUAUCAAUAGUAACAUUUACCAGCAACUAAUGACAAAGGUACAUAGGAGCUAUUCUGCAAAUCAGUUGACUUGAUACAUUGUCCAGAAUGUCCAAGUGUCAAGAUUCAACUAGAUCUGGUUGUCUGUGGCUCAUACUAGAUGUGUUUUUUUGUUCUCCAUUUUAUGAGUAACAAGACAACACAUUGGGCCUC